AUGGCACGGAAAGGCUUUUACUUACUCGGCUUCAUUGCUUUUGUUCUAGUGAUUAGCAAAUCCACUGUUAAUUGCAUAGAAACUGUUGCAGUUGAGCCUAUUCUUGACUUUGCUUCGUUGAAUCGAAACAGUUUAAUUUCCCUGUUUCAUUUUUGGGGCAGGAUCCUCGUCGUACCAAGUUAUGACGUCAUUAUCAAUUACACUAAAGAAAAGUACAAAAAUCCUUUAAUUUAUAUUACUGAAAAUGGUAUAAAUGAGUAUGAUGAUCCAUCGCUUUCUCUUGAAGAAUCUCUUCUGGAUACUUAUAGAAUUGAUUAUCAUUAUCGUCAUCUUUUUUAUCUUCAAUCUGCAAUUAAGGAUGGAGCGAACGUGAAGGGAUAUUUUGCAUGGUCUUUGUUAGAUAAUUUUGAAUGGCAUUCAGGCUACACAGUGCGAUUUGGAAUGUAUUUUAUAGAUUACAAAAAUGGCUUGAAAAGAUACCCAAAGCUCUCUGCAUUAUGGUUCAAGGAUUUUCUCAAAAACAGAAAGCAGACUUUAUCUGUAGAUUCCAUUUAA